AGAAGAGACUUUAACACUGGCAGUCAAGUGCAGCUGACCCUGGGACGCGGGGUGCCUCCCCUACCUACUGGGCCCGGUGCUCUGUGAGUCAGAGGGGAAGCCCCUCCCGCGGGGCCCUCGGCGAGGAGGCAGUUCCCCCCACGGCCCCCCGGGGGCGCUGCGGGGGAGGCGGGGUGGGCCCUGGAGCAGCGGCUCUCGCUCUCGGGCGCCCAGGGCGCUCACUCUCUCGGCACUCACUCGACCGGAGGUUUCUCGGCUGGCCGUGUCCCGCCGCUCCCGGAGCAGCAGGAGCUCCCCCUGCACGCCCGCGGUCCCGCUCCGGCCCCCGGGGCUUCAGACGCCGCCGCCCGACGGCGACAUGGGCGUCCCCCUAGUCCCGGAGGCCGGUGGCCGGCGUUGGGGGCCUGUGCUCCUCGCUCUCUUCCUGGCUGCCUCCCGAGGUCUGGUGGCGGCCUUCAAGGUCGCCACACCGUAUUCCUUGUACGUGUGUCCCGAGGGCCAGAACGUCACCCUCACCUGCAGGAUCUUGGGCCCCAUGGCCAAGGGCCACGACGUGACCUACUACAAGACGUGGUACCGCGGCUUGCGGGGCCAAGUGCAGCUCUGCUCGGAGCGCCGGCCCAUCCGCAACCUCACAUUCCAGGACCUUCACCUGCACCACAGCGGCCACCAGGCCAACAGCAGCCAGGACCUGGCCCAGCGCCACGGGCUGCAAUCCGUCUCCGACCACCAUGGCAACUUCUCCAUCACCGUGUUUAACCUGACCCCGGUGGACAGCGGCCUCUACUGCUGCCUGGUGGUGGAGAUCAGGCAGCACCACUCGGAGCAGAGGGUCCACGGUGCCAUAGAGCUACAGGUGCAGAGAGACAAAGAAGCUUCACCCCAGUGCAUCUUGUACCCACCUUCCCCCAGGGAGAGUGAAAGCAUCACGGCUGCUGCUGUGGCUACAGGCGCUUGCAUCGUGGGCAUUCUCUGCCUUCCCCUCAUCCUGCUCCUGGUCUACAAGCAAAGGCAGGUGGCCUCCAACCGCCGUGCCCAGGAGCUGGUGCGGAUGGACAGCAACAACCCUCAAGGAAUCGAAAACCCUGGCUUUGAGGUCUCUCCGUCUUCCCACGCGAUGCCAGAGGCCAAGCCCAGGCCUCCACUGUCCUACAUGGCUCAGAGGCAGCCUUCAGAGUCUGGCCGGCACCUGCUCUCCGAGCCCUGCACUCCUGUGUCUCCACCAGGCCCUGGGGAUGUUUUCUUCCCAACCCUCGACACCGUGCCUGACUCUCCGACCUCUGAGGCCAUCUAGGCCAGCUGGGGCCAGUGGGCGAUCGUGGCUGGGCCUGGGGCAGACGCAUUUGAGGUCAAGCCGGCCCUCUGAGUGGUCCCUUAGCCUUGGCCCUGGUUCCCUCCCUCCUGCUCUGAGCCCAGACUCUUUGAGAUACCUCUGAUGGCCAGACCCUCAACUCCUCUGGGUGCUACAUGGCAGCAGGGAGAAGGUGUUGGAUCCCUCAGUCCCUGUCUCAAGGAUGGUGGGGUGCCGGGAUCCCACCCAGAGACCCGAGAUUCACCAGCUGCAAAUGCCAAAAGGCCUACAUCCUAGAAGCCCAAGAAUUUUCAGCUCUGUGGCAGCUUCCUCCCCUGGGACAGGAGUCUUUGGGACCUGACAACACAGAGGGGACACGAUGGGCACUGGGCGGAACUCUCCCCUACCCAGUGCCAACCUGCCAGGCGUGAGAUACAGGACAAGACGUGGAAAGACUCCUCCCUGCCGUGGUGAUCUCGCCUCUGCUCAUCUGUCAGACUCCCUCUUUGUAACCACAGGUCUCUGGGGCUGGGCCUGCCUGCCUCCGGGCCAUGGGAGCCUUGCCCCGCUGCCUGCUACCAGCAGCCUCCCCCAGUAGCUGGCAACGGGUUCAGCAAAUCUGGGCUCCCCUUGCCUGCCCUCUGGUUCCCAGAGUUCAUUGACCGGGGUCCCUGAAACAGGAAGUGCACAUGGUGGCAUGGUGGCCACUAUGGGCUAACUGGCAUCUUGGGUAACGGAGGCCAGGCAGGAGGUUGCAAUACCCACUGUAGGGGGUGGGGAGGGGGAGCAGGUGGAGCCUGCUGGGAAGGUGAGUGGAGACGCUCCACCUCCCAUCCUCCCUCCCCCCUCUAGUGCUCAGUGUGCUCACUACAGAAGGUGACCACAUACUGUAUUGUCGCAACUGUGACACUCUUGAGUGUGAAGAGGGAGUCCUAUUAACUAACUACACGGGCAACACGUGCAAACCCGGUGAACGGACUGUAAGAGCUGGGUUUUAAUCCCUGCGCUGCUUCUAGGUAGGGGUGCCUGAGGCCCGGGGAGCCCUCCUCCACCCACCCCGGUCUUCAGUGUUCUGUCCCAUUUAAUCUGCUGAGUCUUUGCUGCAGAGUGGCCCUGUCAGGUGGGCAUGUACAUGGGAGGGUUUGUGGCAACUCUGCUCUGGACCCUCUGCUCUGUCUCCUGCUUCAGGGCAUAUGCCCUGGAUUUGUUUUAUACACACGUACAAGGGAAUCCUUUGUGGAAUUUCGAUUAAAGGGUUUUAAAACAUGGAGAGGAGCGGGGGGCCUCUGUAUACUCUGGGGUGGAAACAGGGAGGGGGACCCACCAGGGGAAGGGGCGAGUUUGGGCCGCGUGGGGGCCCGGGCACUGCACUGAGGAAGGCCUUCAUCCCCUGGCAGCCGAGAGCGGCUCUGCCGAGCUGGGCCUGGGUACUGAGAGCCAGGACUCAGAACCCGCUGGAUCGCCUGGGGCGGGGGAGACAAGAGUGGGGGGUGGAACAAAGGAGCAGCUCUAGGCUCUCCAGCAGCAGCGAGCCCCCAGGCCUGCGGGUAGAACCAGGAACCCCCGGAAGCACUGCACUGCUCCCAAACUCCCCGGUCACGCCCAAGGACAUGGGCCAGUGUGGGUGUCCUGCGAUGCCGGGCAUGGGCCUCGAGACCGCAGGGACACCUCCAGUGGCCAGAACCUCAAAAUCCUAGCUCCUGCUUUGUCUUUGGCGGGGGGGUCCCUCUUCUAGUCCAUCGGCUGCCAGGGACCCUCAGUGCCAAUUGUCACAGAAGGAGGGUGCUGUUCUUACAGCUUGUGGGGGCCCACGAGGCAGGGAUGGGCAGGGUGACACCUGCUCAAGGCAGAGCAGGGCUGCCCCCAGGAUUGAAGGAUAAGCCUACAGACCAGACUCCCUGUCCCCCAGCUCUGAAAGUGCUCCUGCCCCAGGGCGGAGGCCAGUCUGGCCCAGCCCCCGGCUUCUGACGUCCAGGCACAUAUAAUUUCUAAGAAUUUGGCUACCAGACCCCAAGCCUGGCUGCUGCUAUGUGGCGGGAGAGAGGAGGCCCCAAGCAGAAAGCCAUCACACUUCCUCCCCAGUUUCCUCCCGCACGGCCUCCAGCUCUACUUCUCCGGACCCUUACAAGUGAGCACAUCUCAGCUUCGUGGUUUCCUGUUUUCAGUGAAAUUUACUCUGAGCUCCAAGCUCCAUCUGCAUCCAUGACCACACGCUCCACCCCCAAAGGCCCUGUGGCGUCCUCCCUGCCAGCGAGGGGAGGCAGGUCUUGGGGCUGGGUAGGCCUCCUUGCUUGCCUGGGGGUGGGUGGUGCCCCUAGAGACACCUGCCCUGGUGGCUGCUUCAGGAAGUGCUCUGCGCUGAGGGCCUCAGGAGCACGGAGCCGGGCCGGGGCCUGCAGAGGUCGGGUUGGCCUGCCCCCCCGCCUGGGCACUGCCUCCUGGAGGGGGCCCUCCUGGGUGUCAGCUGGAGCACUCCAAGGCUGGUCUCACUGUGUUGGGGGCUGGGAUGAUUGCUCGGGCAACUCUGGGGACACAGCAAUGGGCGGAAGGCGAGAGGGGUUGCCAGCCAGGAUGCCGGGCGCAAAGGCCUCCGAAGCAGCGGGCACUCAGGGCCCAGCUUCGCGUCGUGUCCCAACCCCCCGGGGAGCCCUGGCCACCUUGCCCUUUCACUGGGCAUUCACUGCGCCCUGCUCGGCACUGUUGGCCUGUCUUUCCUGCAUGGAUGCUGUGUCUCCCUCACGAUUCCGUGAGUUCCAAAAGGGCAGGGGUCCAGUAACGGCCUGUCCUUCGGGCCCGGUUGCGGAGCUGACAGCUGAAGCGUAGCCGCAGGGCGAUGGGCUGAGCCAGGAUGCCAGCAUCCUAUUCUUUGGGCCCCUCACAGGGGCCCCUCCAGCUUUCUGCCGGGUCUAGUUCCUAGCGGCUCUGCCUGGGCUCGAUGGGAUCAGCUGAACAGGGACGUGAUGCCCCGAGCUUGCGCGGGCCGGGGGGCAGAGGUUUCCUUCUGUUUCGCAGUUCUGAUCUGUUGGCAUGACUUCCAAGUGUACGUUGAGAGGGAUUCUGAAGUAUCGAGAGGGCUUAAUGAGAAAACGCUGACAUCAGCUAGCAAUGUGCCUCGGGCACAGGAUGGAGACGUGGGCCGCGUGCCAUCCCUCUGCCUUUUGCGUUCCAGCACUGCGUCGUCCGAACCACUUAAUACCCGUGCUAUGACUUUUUUGAAUCCCCCUUCCCUGCCAGAAAACCCUGGGAGUCUUUACUGUCUCCAUUUAAUGCACAGGAAAAGCGAGGCCUCCAAGAGACGGGUCUUGUCACAAGUGAAUGUGAAACUGGGGCGAAAGCUUCUCCGGCCAGCGCUCCUUCCUCUUCUCUGAACUGAAUGGCAUUACAGGCCAGGACUUGGACUUUACAGGACACACCAAGGCCCUGAGGGAUGAACCUGUGCCCACAAGCCCAAGGCUCCACUCCUUCUGCAUCGUUCUUGCCACUCCUUUUUCUGCAUGGCAACCCUGAAUCCACAGGACUCCUGUAGGCAUGGCGGCCCGUGCCUCCCAGCUUGCUGAGAGCGAGGGAGGGCAAGGGAGCGACUCUCCACUAACCGCAGAGCCCCAGGGUCUCUUGGAGGAACUGAGCGGGUUGUAGGCGCGCCAUGUGACCGCUGGGGAACAUCCCUCAAGAAGCAGGGUGAGGGAAGGAUCUGAAUUUAAUCAGCCUGGGCCGGAGGCAGCUGGCUUGCUGGGUGCACAGCACGGGGAAGGGGCCAGGCUGGGCUUUCAUGAGCCAGGGGAAGCAGGCUUCGCUACCAACAACAGGUCCAAAUUUAACAAACGGAAGGGCUCUUGGCCCUGAAGACAUGAGGUCAACUGCCAAGAGCAAUGUCCCAGCUCACAGACUUUCACGGGGCUAUUGCUGGCAACUCUUGUACCCGCAAGUGGGUGUUGGGAGACUUCUGUCUUUCUGCCUGGACAGGUGACUUCUGCAGGUCCCUACCGGCUAGAGAAGCCAGAGCUUGUUAUCUGGGACUGUCUAACCUGCUGGCUGUGAUUCGUGUGGCAGGGAGGCCCCCCUCAGGCCCUUCCUCUCUCCAUCCUCCUGCCAAGGUCCCUCUGUGGCUGGGCCUCAGCUCCUGACCUCCCAGUUGCCUUCCGUCCUUCCUCCCUGGGCCCGGCCCUUCCUCUUGCAGAGGCCUCCCUGACAGCCACUUUGACCCCUCCCCCGAGCCUGGCCCCCCAGCCCACGGCCUGGAGCUGGCCAGAGGGCUGAGGCUGUACAGCGAUUUCCCUUGGCUGGGUGGCACGCCAUUGUGUGACAGACCUGGGCUGGCCCGGAUACCCCUUGUUGCACAGCUGGGGAUACGGGGCUGAGAGCUGGGUGGGGACAGGAAUGUACAGCUCUCAGGAAACUGGGGGGGGGGGCAGGGAGAAACAAAGAAAUAAGAGGGCUCGGAUACACGAUUUCUCUUGGCAGCUGAAUCCCAGGCCCCCUGCUAAGAGAGCCUCGCUAUGUAAGUCACGAAUGCAAACGAUGCCCAGAAAACCUUCCCUGGUUCCUGGCUGCGAGUUCCCGGCACUUUAUCACAUCACAGAGUGGUACCUCUCUGUUACAGGUCCAUUUCCCCCGCUAGAUUGUAGGCUCGUUGAGGGCAGGACUGCGCCCAACUCAGGUCUGACUUCCUAGCUUCAAGCACGGGCCUGGCACGUAUUUGGUGUUGAAUGAAGGACGCCUUGUGCCAGCGAGGGCUGGCUUGAGCCAGGCAGAUGACUACAGGUGGGAACAAGAGGAUGGUGUGUGGGUCUGCUGGGCACCUCUGGACGGAUAUGUGCAGGGUGACAUCCACCCAUAAAACCAUGGUGAACCUUUCCUGGAACCUUUGGGAUGGUUGGUCCAAUGCUGCUCAUGGCUCUGGCUGGUGCAGGAGGGCUUAAACAACCCUACUGCCUUGAGUGACCAUCUAGUGAAAUCUGCCCAGGAGCAGAGAAGGGCCAUCCUCUGGUCACCUCUGGCUUGGCCCUUAGCUUUGUGCUCAAUCCUGCGGGUUCACUGUCUAGAGGUGACAGUCUGAUCAGUGGAGGCAAAUCUUCUAGGGUCCGGUGCUCCUGGGAGGCAAAUGCCAAUCAUAGUGGGGGCCAAAAGGAAGCCAGACGUUGCCUCCAAAACUCAGAGUCUUACAACAUCACGGGUCUCACCGACUGCCUCCCCAGGAAACUCUAGUACUGUAGGGGAGGGGGAGGGGAGAGUAGGGGUGAGAUCGGUGUGUUCACCGGCCUAGGUCAGGACGAAGAGUACCGGCCUGGCAUAUGCUCUCAGUUUCCCACCCCGGACCUAUUCUCUACCCUUCCCUCACUAACAAGCCCUGCUUUUGUUGGAGGCAGUGAUAUAUGUGGCUCCCACAUAAUAAAUAGGUCAAUCCUGACAAUUCUGUCAUUUUUUUCCCAACCUCCCUUGCAGCUAGGAUGCCCUAGGAACUGUUUCUGGCCACA